UGCAACGGAUCAAAAAACUCACGGUUCGGAUCGUUCCUCGGAUCAGAGUCACGGAUCGGAUCAUUUUUCGGAUCAGCAAAAAAAAAAAAAAAAAUAGCAUUUGUGAUUGCUUUAGCCCGGUCUGAUUGUGGAGGAAGGGGCUGCUUAAAUGCCGCGGUGAUGAGCGGUUGUUGAGCCGCUUUCGGUUUCACUCCUGUCAGUGAAACACCGGGGUGAUGUCGCUGUAAAUGCGUGGCCAUGCUCGAUGUGUUUUUCUUUAUGUUAGCAAUCUCUAUGUCAGCUACAUGUUACGUCUGUGUGGUAACCUAGGCGACAGGUUUGUGUGGCAGUGCGAGUAUAUGGAAACAGACGUAGCACUGGAGGCAGCAGUUAUCGCGUUACAGUAGUCACCGAAGUCUAGCCUACUUUUAUUUUCCAUGCCCACUGUUCUUCAUGUUGUACGCUGAGGACAAUAAAUCACAACGAGCCAUAGGACUGUUUGCUUAUUGAAAAGGGAACUGUUGCAGACUUUUACCCAGAGCGUGUUAGCUCUGUCCCUGGAACUAGCAGGAAUGGUUACGGCUGUGUGUGGACUGAACAUGCGCACCAUUUUUUUUUUUCAUAAAUCAAUCCGCGGAUCAUGCGUGUGCCGAACCGAAAUAGAUGAUCCGAACGGAUCACGGAUCAAUGAUGAUCCGUUGCACCCCUAAUCAAUGGUAUGAACGAGAGUACCGUCCUAGAGCCGCAACCCUAAUCCUUCAGGGGUUAGUGUUAACCCUAACCAGUGGUACGGGCUACCACUGGUUAACGUUAACCCUAACCAGUGAUGCAGGCUACCACAGGUUAGGGUUAACCUUAACCCUAACCAGUUGUACGGGCUACCACAGGUUAGCGUUAACCCUAACCAGUAGUACGGGCUACCACAGGUUAACGUUAACCCUAACCAGUGGUACGGGCUACCACAGGUUAGCGUUAACCUUAACCAGUGGUACGGGCUACCACAGGUUAGAGUUAACCCUAACCCUACUCAAUGGUACGGGCUACCACAGGUUAGGGUUAACCCUAACCAGUAGUACGGGCUACCACAGGUUAACGUUAACCCUAACCAGUGGUACGGGCUACCACAGGUUAACGUUAACCCUAACCAGUAGUACGGGCUACCACAGGUCAACGUUAACCCUAACCAGUAGUACGGGCUACCACAGGUUAGGGUUAACUCUAACCAGUAGUACGGGCUACCACAGGUUAGGGUUAACCCUAACCAGUAGUACGGGCUACCACAGGUUAACGUUAACCCUAACCAGUGGUACGGGCUACCACAGGUUAACGUUAACCCUAACCAGUAGUACGGGCUACCACAGGUCAACGUUAACCAUAACCAGUUGUACGGGCUACCACAGGUUAGGGUUAACUCUAACCAGUAGUACGGGCUACCACAGGUUAGCGUUAACCCUAACCAGUUGUACGGGCUACCACAGGUUAACGUUAACCCUAACCAGUGGUACGGGCUACCACAGGUUAGCGUUAACCCUAACCAGUAGUACGGGCUACCACAGGUCAACGUUAACCCUAACCAGUUGUACGGGCUACCACAGGUUAGCGUUAACCCUAACCCUACUCAAUGGUACGGGCUACCACAGGUUAACGUUAACCCUAACCAGUAGUACGGGCUACCACAGGUUAACGUUAACCCUAACCAGUGGUACGGGCUACCACAGGUUAGCAUUAACCCUAACCAGUAGUACGGGCUACCACAGGUUAACGUUAACCCUAACCAGUAGUACGGGCUACCACAGGUUAGCGUUAACCCUAACCAGUUGUACGGGCUACCACAGGUUAGCGUUAACCCUAACCCUACUCAAUGGUACGGGCUACCACAGGUUAACGUUAACCCUAACCAGUAGUACGGGCUACCACAGGUUAACGUUAACCCUAACCAGUAGUACGGGCUACCACAGGUUAGCCGAGCGUUAACCCUAACCAGUAGUACGGGCUACAACAGGUUAACGUUAACCCUAACCAGUAGUACGGGCUACCACAGGUUAACGUUAACCCUAACCCUACUCAAUGGUACGGGCUACCACAGGUUAGGCCAAACCCUUUAGCGUUUAGCUGGUUACCGUUAAUACUAACCAGUGGUACGGGCUACCUCAGGUUAGCCCAGGUUCACCCAUACAGUUAGUAUGUUCCCAUACAAAUGUUCCUGCUUGUUCAGAUAGAGAAAACAUCUCUGUGUUCCCCACCUGCGACUUGAAGAGCUCCUAACAGCUGGGUACACGCGGCCUCACCACCCCCUCAGUGAUAACACUUGGCCCCUCCCUUUCC